CUGUCUCAGUUCUGUAAUGAAAUUAUGCAAGAUGCAACAUUCCUUUAUUAUUGUAAACAAUCAGUUCAAAAAGUUUCUCAUGAUAUCGCAAAAUUCAAUUUCAUCUCUCGCCAAUACUAGUUAUCGUGUCCAUAGAGCAUACUUAUAGUGUUGAACAUCACAAGCCCGACAAAAUGCAUUGCUACAACAUUCCUACGAUCGAUCCGGAUUUGCGUCAUGAAGAAACUAUUCUGCAGGCCAUAAACGUUUUCGAGUUCUUGAACGAAGUUAUCGAAGACGUGUUUUGCAAGGUAAAUCGUCGGAUCGAAUCCAACAGGCAGCGACUAGAACAGAUAAGCCAACGGAUACAGAAGGUCAAUUGCGAUGUUGCCCGGCUUAAGGAAACGAAGGAAGCUAUUGUAAUUUAUUCACCGUGUCGUUACCCGGGAGCGGAUUUGGAUCCGACUAUACUUCCUACCUUUACCAGCCAGAAUGGAAUUCGUAUGAGGGAAAAUGAAUUCACUCUCCAAGAUAAGUCCUACGUUCCGAGUCACUCGUACCAGGAAAAGAUUCAGUUCUAUCACGUGAAAAGUUCAACCGACCAGCAUAGGAUUUAUUCGUUUGACGAUCCCAGGAAAACUCGUUUGGACGAACGAGUUCAAUUUGUGGAUUCGAUUUUAAUGUUCAACAGUAGAGAAUUUGCUGUGGAUUACAAGGGAAUUGUAGAUAAGUCGAAAACGGGAAGGAAAUCUUCCGGACGGAUCCACGAGGAAAGAAUUCUCUCAUCCUCGUCACCAAUAAUUCGCAAUCGAUCACGAAAGAAGGGACAAGAAAUAUUUUACACUCCGGUGCUGAAUGAAGCACCGAAAAUUGAUGUUCCGUUUGAUUUACCUGAUUUACCAGGAAUCGUAACGAACAUCCAGUAUGCCGGAAACAACACACUAAUUGCUCCUUCGCUGCAGCUAGCUGCAAUAGCUGACCAACUUCCCGAAUUAAAAGAUCUCUCGGUAACGGAAGCUAAGGAAGUAUUUCCAAUGCCAGCUGUCCUACAGACAAUCCUUCCGCCUGUCGCUCCCGCUAGGGCGGGUUCAGCUGUGACAGCAGUUGAACAAUUUCCACCACCUCCGCCGCCUCCACCACCACCACCACCUCCUGUUACUCAAACUACUAACGAAAUAUCUGCAGGUCGUUCAGAUAAACUCGAUGGUAAACCGAUUGAAAAGCGAACACCCAUUGGACCACCUGCUGGGGAGGCUCAUUUCAAUUUGAUGGAAGCUAUAAGGAAAGCGGGUGGCGCGGAGAAGGCUAAGCUGAAGCACAGCGAACCAAACGAGGAAAAGAAAGAUUCGUCAAAACCGUCUAAAUCAGGUCCUCGAAACUUCAUCGAUGAUCUGCACAACAAACUACAAAUGCGCCGCAAAGGAAUUUCCGGAGCUCGGGAGAACCAAGAACCUGCCAACGUAAUAGAUCGUCUGUCGGCACUUAUACCUCCUCCUCCGCCAAAACUAGAGGCCAGCGCCAGUGAAAGCAACGACGAAGAUUGGGAUUGAUUUCGUAGUACGAAAAAUGAUUGAACACGCGAAACUCGUUAGCGUUAUUUUUAUCAAAAUGAUUACAGUUUUAUACGUUAGUAUCAUAUUCAAGAUAAAUUAGACCUAUAAUAGUUAUGC